GCGAGAUCACUGCGCAUCUAGCAACGCGUUGUUGGUGACGUUUUUAACCCGGGACUCUUGAAUUCUCAAAUUAACAUACUUUCAAAGGCUGGAAUUUGAAUUUAGAUUGUAGAAAGAGAAAGACUCGACGCAGUCGAAGAUUGAAAUAAUGAAUUUGAGAAUAUAGAGGUUUGCAAAGAACGCUCCAUCAAGCACUGAAUUCGAGAUGUCAAUGGAUAUGACAAAUGUAUCCAUUAUACAUUCAGACAAUCCAUAUGACAACUUCAUGAGAAAACAUUUGCAGUACUAUGGCUACUACAAAGAAGAUUGUAAUAAUGUUGAAAAGAAGAACAAACAAUAUAAGAAACAAGAUGACGAGGAGGAGGAGGAAGAAGAAGAAAUGGAAGAAAACAUUGUUAAUUCUCACAGAGAGACUGUUGAAGCUAGGCGGGUAGAAUCUUUACAAUUAACUGAUGACAACAGUUUCAAUAAUGCUUCCAAUACAUCUACACUUUUCAACAAGUUCAAAAAUGGAAUACAAGGAACAACACAACUCAUUUCAACACAAGCAGAAGGGAAAAUGAUUCUCAAACUUCAGGAACCUCGUGAUUUACAUUUUAUGUCUCAGUUAUUAGGUGCUCAGAGUGAAGCUCGAUGGCCACGUGGACUUGAAAUCAAAACCAGCCAUAUCAGGCAUUUAUGCAUUGUACCAGUCAACCCUGAACCUUUCUAUCAACAAACUGGGUUGGAAGAUAUGCCAGGGGUUAGAAGUAAUUUGAAAGCCAAUAAAGUUGUAUUUGAAAAUAAAAGAAUGCUGAAUGCUGACGCCCUGCCUUGCGAUCCAGAAACUUCCGAUUUCACCAACAACUAUCAAAAUGUAACCUAUUUAGCUGCAACAGAAUUACAGUUUGAAUCAAGGUUCGAAAGUGGAAACCUUGCCAGAGCUGUUAGGGUGGGAGAUAAUGACUAUGAGCUAUAUCUUCAUUGUGACCUGUACACAAGGAGUCACACUCAAUGGUUUUAUUUCCAAGUGACCAAUACCAGAAAAAAUGUGCCAUACAGAUUUACCAUAGUUAAUCUUAUGAAGAGUACCAGUCUCUAUAAUUAUGGAAUGAAGCCUUUGAUGUACAGUGAAAAGUCUGCAGUUAAUCACAUUCAUCCAGUUGGUUGGCAAAGGAUUGGAUAUAACAUCAAAUACUAUAAAAGCAAUCUCAAUUCUGAAGAUACCUCGCAAAGAAAAUCAUCUUAUAGUUUGACAUGGACUUUCAAGUUUCCAUACAGUUAUGACACUGUCUAUUUUGCCCACAGCUACCCAUACACAUAUUCAGACCUGCAGGAAUACCUGUUCAAGUGUGCCAAUAAUCCAAAGAUAUCCAAAUUCUUCAACAUACGAAUCCUCUGCAGAACUCUAGCAGGAAAUAACAUCUAUAUUUUGACUAUAACAAAUCCAAUAUCAGAUACAGCUCAGAUGCAGACCAAGAAAGCUGUGUUUGUAACAUGCCGUGUCCACCCUGGAGAAAGCAAUGCCAGUUGGGUAAUGAAAGGAUUUCUAGAUGUUUUGAUAGCGGAUUCAGAGUAUUCCAAACUGCUGAGAGAAAUGUUUGUCUUUAAAGUCAUACCCAUGCUGAAUCCUGAUGGUGUCAUUGUUGGAAACUACCGUUGUUCCUUGUCAGGUCGUGAUCUAAAUAGAAAUUACAAGCCUACAUUGGAAGGCCAAUUUCCUACGAUUGGGAAUAUCAUCAGUAUGGUGAAAAAGUUCCUGUUUAGUUCUUGCAAAUUUAAAGUUCAACGGAGUAGAAAACGCACAAGUCGUGUAAUUAUGUGGAAACUUGGCAUCAAAAACAGCUUUACGUUUGAGGUUUCCUGUUGUGGUUCUACUAUUGGAGAGAAAAGGGGCUUCCACUUCAACACUCGCGAUUAUGAAAUGCUGGGAGUAUCUUUCCUCCAUACUCUUCUUGAUUAUGUCAACUUAGAUAAAUUUCAGCAGAUAAACUGUUUGUUUGACGAACUUAAAAAUACACUGAAGAAGGAACUGAAGAAAGAAGAAAAGGGAUUGUGUGCAGGAGACCAGCCAACAUCUGAAGACGAAGACGAAGAUGAGGAUGAAGACGAAGAUGAGGAUGAAGACGAAGACGAAGACGUGGAAGAAGAAGAUGAAGAUGAAGAUGAAGAUGAAGAAGAAGCGGAGGAGGAAGAAGGAGAAGAAGAAGAAGAAGAAGAAGGAUCUAAGUUAUUUGAAUCUAGUGAUGGUUCUGACAGCUCAGAUUCAGACGAGCAUCCUUCCCAUAUACAACUGUUAAGCAAUAAGAAUAGUAAAUCUGAUAUCAGAAAAUCUGAACUGAGUCAGUUAGUUAAAUAUUCCAAGGCAUCUGAUUUGAAUAUUAGCAAGUCUCAGACUACAAGACAGUUGUCAUUGGAGGACAGUAGAAAUUACUUCCAAUAUCUAACAAAGGAACUUGAAGAUAACACGCUGCUUCCCAGAAAAACUCUUGCACUAAAUAACCGACAGAUAGGCAAGAACCGUAUUUUAUUCUGCAAUAGGUCUACUGAACAGCCACCUAGCCUUCACGUUGUUGGAAGAGGACAAGAUCAAAAUAAAAACGCUCUGAAAUCAAUUAAUAUUGGUUUCAAAUUUUGGCACAAGGCCAGCAAUUUCAAGGAAAAGGAUGGUUUAAUAAACAAAAUAUUUUGGAGAAAUAUCAAAGUAACAGCCCCUGGCAAACUAAUUCUAAACAGAAGCAAUAUGCCAAUGUCGAAAAGUUCUUCCAAACUGCUUACUCAGAAUGGAGAUGAGAGACAUACCCCAUUGCGACUCUUUGGCAGCAGUCUUAUUAAAGAAGUAUCAGAGAAUUUGAGUUUAAGAUCCAGAAGUUUUCUAGCCCCAGCAAAUAAGAAGUACUUAGAUAUCAAUCAGGCCUUGAUGAACCCACCAUUCAGAAAACCAACUCUUCCUUUAAAUUUGGAUGUCACAAUAUCUCCAAUAGCUUCUAAAAAGAUUCUCUACAACAAAACUGAUGACAAUUUCUCAUCAUAUAACACGAGACACUUGGCUUUCUUAAAGUGAAAAAUGUAUAAAGCUUAUCAAAACA